AUGGCAAAAGCUUCUGAGGCCUUGCGUGCCACUCUUCUUCGUGUGUCCAAAGUGGAGUGUUUGGACGCGCUAGUUAGCUCAGGUGUCGUCGGAGCUUCCACAAAGCCAACGCUCAUGCAGUCAUCUGAAGAUCGGGCUCAGUACGAGCGGUAUUCAUUGGCAAAAUCUGAUUUGAUCGAAAACCUACGCAAAUUUGUUGCAAGCGGGGCCACGUACAAGAAUUUUCACCGCUUUCUACCCACCCCGAAACAGUCAUUUGAGUGGGAUCUUAUUUUGACGCCUCGUGUCGAUUCAUUGGAGGCUCUUUGGCGUGAUUACCUGAUUUCUCGCCUUGCUGUUGAAAGAAUAGACGAGACAGCUGGUGAUAUAAUGUCGCGAAUUUUGCAAGUUGCAUUCGCCUACAAAGAGCAUGCUCACGUGACGUCUUUCUCCUCUGAGGCUGUUGACCAUUUACAAUUGGAAAGACGUCUUUUGAUCCCUCAAAAGGAAUUUCGCCAAACUCUUCCUCAAAUGGUUGCAAGUCGGUUCGUUUCGACUACUGAAUUUUCUCGAGCAAAAGACUUCAAUGCGGAUACUGUGGUCUGCCUGUAUAGUGUAAAUCUCUCUGCACUGGCGCGGCUAACGAUCGAAUACGCGCAGCACUGCAUCCUUUGCUUGGCCACCCGCUCGGAUGCUGAACUGAACGCAAAAAGUCGUUUGGUAGAUCAACGUUACCGUGUGGAGACUAUGGUCAGCAGGCAUCAAGAGGAAAUCACCAAAUUGGAGGGGGGAGGAGAGGUGAGCGAGGGAGCCAAGGUGGAAAUUGAUUGUCACAAGGAAAGUGUGCAGGCCCUACGGAACAGUCUCACGCCGGCUGAGCUAAAUCAACUCUCCACUCUUUCCAACCGCCUUGCGAAACUUGCAGCCGCGCAGUGGGAGGCCGAGACGGCGUGGUUCGUAGCAGAUCUCUACCUUCGACUUUAUUUUGAUGCGGAAGAAUAG